CGGCAGCCGUGUCAAUUUGUUGUCAGAGUUGUGUCCGGAUCGUGAGAAACUGCUUCGCGUGUAUUUUCCUCCCUUGAUUUUUGGUUGUUCCACUGUAUUCCUGUGAAAACUCUGCAAUGUCUCGUGUACUCUAACUCUAUCUCUAGCUCUUUGAUUAGUUGUUUAAAUUGUGCGAGUACCGCCGAGGCUGAAUCCGUCAAAAAGAGAAUGGAAAAGGUGAUGAAUAAUUCCUCAGUCACAUCAAGCAAUAACACAAAUGCGAGUCUGAGUCGCAGCAAUAGUCGAACGAGUUCCAAUUCAGAGCUCGAGAAGGAGCUCAUUGAGUUGGAGAUAGGUGAUGAGGGGGCGGGAAAUGCAAAGGUAGCAGCAAAGGAAAUUCUUACGACAAAAAAGCGUAUCUCUAGUAGUCGAACGCCCACGAGAAAGGCUAAAAGAGUACGUUUCUAUCGCAAUGGGGAUCGUUUCUAUCAGGGAAUUGUUAUUCCUGUGUCAAAUGAUCGGUAUCGGUCAUUUGAGAGUUUAGCGGAGGAUCUUACGAGGCUACUAGAGGAUAUUGUGAAGGUACCUGGAGCUGUAAGGAAUAUAUUUACGUUAGAUGGAAAGAAGGUGGUGAGCCUCGAUGAUCUCGAGGAUGGAAAGAGUUACGUGUGUUCGUGCAAUACGGAAAAUUUCAAAAAAAUUGACUACAAUUCGCAGCCAAAUAAUAAAAAUAACAAUCGUCUAUCGAGAGUCUACCGACCAAAUUCACCACUCAAGAAUGGCUCAAAUGGAGUUAGUGUCGUGAAAUUUGAUGAGCGUGACCGGGUCGUAUUUCCUCGAAUAGUGACGAUAAUACGAAAUGGUGUUAAACCGCGAAAGAUAUUCCGUUUACUUCUCAAUAAACGCAACAGUCCGAGUUAUGAGCACGUGCUGACUGCAAUCACGCAAUGUGUCAACCUUGACACGGGAUGUGUUAGAAAAGUAUUUACACUGGGCGGAUCACCGGUUCUAACCCUAGCGGAUUUCUUUUCGCACGAAGAUGUCUUCUUUGCGUAUGGUAAUGAAAGGGUAGGCAAUGAUGAUUUUGAUUUGGAGCUAGAGGAGAGCAAAACAAUUAGGCAAACGAGAAAAACUCUGAGGAAUGGUGUUGCUAAGGGUGGACCAAAGCCUAAGAUGCCUGUUAAGAGUCACAAUGAGACCUAUGUUUGUCUCGAGGACAAUUAUGCAAAUACUGGGACAGAUAUUCUACCGGCAGACAUUCAGAAUAGAUACACAGUGGGACCAAUUAUUGGUGAUGGCAAUUUUGCAGUUGUGCUAAAAAUCAAAGAGAAGCAGAGUGGUCAGGAGUUUGCCCUGAAAAUUAUUGACAAGUCCAAGUGUCAAGGGAAGGAGCACUACAUUGAUGCUGAAAUCAGAGUGAUGAAGAAAUUGAGCCAUCCACACAUAAUGGCGCUCUAUAUGGACAUCGAUACGCCGAAGAAUACGUAUUUGGUGCUGGAAUUGGUUGAAGGUGGUGAUUUAUUCGAUGCAAUUACUCAAGUUACCCGCUUCUCUGAAGAUCAAUCGAGAAUUAUGAUAAAGCACUUGGCUUCAGCAAUGGCGUAUCUUCAUUCCCUUGGCAUUGUUCACCGUGACAUCAAGCCGGAAAAUUUACUUGUAAAAUUGGAUGGUAAUGGGAUGGUGAUGGAAUUGAAAUUAGGGGAUUUUGGACUGGCCUGCGAAGUGACUGAACCUCUUUUGGCUGUUUGUGGCACUCCGACUUACGUAGCGCCUGAGAUUCUCAUGGAAACUGGAUACGGACUGAAGAUUGAUGUUUGGGCUGCUGGCAUUAUUCUCUACAUUCUUCUCUGUGGCUUCCCACCGUUUGUCUCUCCGGACAAUCAACAAGAGCCCCUCUUCGAUGCCAUUCUCUCCGGCGUCUAUGACUUUCCGGAACCCUAUUGGAAUGACAUUGGGGAGGGGGUUCGCGAUCUCAUUGCAAAUAUGCUUCAGAGUGAUCCAGAUCUCAGGUUCUCGAGUGAAGACAUUCUUGAUCAUUAUUGGGUGCUCAAUGAGGAAAGUAGAUGAGAUGAACUGAUGAGGAAGUAGUUUUUUCUUUUUGAUUUUUGCAAAUUACUUUAUCUUUCCUCUGCAUUUGUGUGAGAAAAAAAAUGUAGGAAUUUAUAUAUAAUGUGCACUAUAAAAAAGAAACUGACUGUAGAUAGUGAAAAAGCAUAUAAAUAGCAGUGAAAUUGAACAGGACUGUAUAACACACAAAUGUAGCAUUAGGAAGCGCAUGUGAAAUGGGAAAAGGAGAAGUUUUUUUUUUUAGACUGCGAGAAGGAAAAAAAUAUCAAUUGGGUGGAUGAAAAGUUGCAAGAUGCUGAAUGGUAGUAUUCCUAUUUAGAAAAAAAAAGAAGUCCGUAAUAUAUUGAAGAAAAAAAUACAAAAGAACCUGUAGCUCCGUAGAAACAGAUAAAAAAAGAACAUUGAUUAGAAAACUAUUGCUAUGUGCAUUUAUAUUAUGAAUAAUUACAUAUUUAUCCUACAUGAAACCCAACACUACAUAAGUAUUACGAAAUCUAAUGAGUAAUUAUAUAUUUUUACGUAUAAUCAAUAUUUGAAGAAAAAGAAAACCAAACAAUGAGAUAUCAAAUGGAAAAUUCCAAUUUACCAAUUUCUCAUACAAAACAAUCUAAUAUAUAUUUUGUAAAAAUAUUUUUGCCUAUUAUUUCUUUUACAGUGCAAAGGAAAAAGAAAAUACUUUAUGCGAACUUUGUUUUUUUCUUUUUAAGUUUUUUUUUUGUUUUUAAGAAAGAUCCUUCCGUCUAAGUUUCGUUUUCAAAAUCCUAUUCAGUGGUUCUGUUAUAAAAUAAAAGUGAGCUUUUAAUUUUUGGAAUGUCAGUACUGAAAAGUGUGACAAAUCCUGACAGGAAAAAUAAGCCACGCCCCUUUUCGUUAAACUUAAAAAAUACGGUAAAUGUCUAUAAACAUUUAUUCAAAAUAGAAUAUUAAGUUCUAAAUCAUGCAUGAACUUAUCGUUAAUAACGAAAUGAUUUUCGUGCUGCCGUAAGACUUCUAUGUAUUGGAAGCAAUUUUCGUAAAAAUUUGAUUUUUUAAGGAAAUCAUCUGCAAUUUUAUGUGGAAACGUCAAAAUUCUGUCAAAAAUGUAAUUUUAUAACGAAAAUUACUCUCAAUGUAUAGGGGCGUUCAUGAACAAAUACAUUAAAAAAAAAAACUAAAAAUGAAAUAGGGUAAGUGUGCCAAAUUCCGGCCAGCUUGCAAUUCCGGCCACCUUUUUUGUUCUUCGAAUUUCCAUGAAGUUUUACAUUUUACGUACUCUAGAGAUUAUACAAUGCAAAAGAAUAACAAAAAAUGUAGCUUCGACAAACGAGAUGACGUGAAAAAGGCAUUGGAAGAACUCCCGAAGAGUAAGGAACAAUGAAGGUGGCCGAAAGAGGGCACCAAAGCUAUGUCUAUAUUUUUAUUCAUUUUAAAAUGUAUUAAGAAUGAUUUUAGAGUAAAUAAAGACGGUAAACUCUUUACAAGGUUCCAAGCAACACUCUUGCAAAAGAAAGAAUAAAAAAUCAAUUUGUAUUUAAAAUAUUACAUUUUAAAUUUGAGACUUUGACGCUUGCAUGCAACUAUGCCGAAAUUUGGUACACUUACCCUAAGUGAAAAACCAAUUUUCCCUAAAAUGAUUGGUGAAAAAUCCAAAUAUACAAAGUUUUAAAGCUCUUAAUAGUUCGUAUAAUGUUAAAAUUUAUUUCAGUGAAAUUUUCAAGAUGAAUUUCGGCUCUUCUAAAUGUAUUCAGAAGUUACUAUUAGAAGUUACAGAUACAUUCGAAAUUCAUAUAGAAGUACUAUAGAUUUGUAACUUCAAAUAGUUAUAUUACACCAGAAGACUCCGAUUUUUCACCAAAUAAAAUUUUCGUACAUUCAACGACUUAAAAAUCAGUAUGUACUCUAAUUACGGCUGUUAUUACUUCAAAAGAACAUGAUAUGGAGCAUUCAAAUUUUGGCGUUGUUAUUCGAAAUUGCUCUUUCGAAAUAAAAAUGUCCCACUGAACUUUAUCCCGGCUUAGUUUUACCUAUUUUUCCGGCACGUAAUUUCUCCCCGUUUGAAGUUUGAAAACUCUGCACAGCUUAUUUCGAAUAUUUCGAACAUUGAAACUAUACAGAAUGCCUCUGUUUAGUAAUAAACCUUUCGAAGAGAAAAAGCUAUUCCAAAACCACGCUAAACCUUUUCGAAAAUCGAUCAGAAAUCUAUAAUUCAAGUUCACAUAUUCGCCGUUUUACCGCUGGCUGUCCUUCCAUUCCGCUUCGAAUUUUCGGUAUUCUUGACACUUCAAUCGUGAUCAACGUCAAUAAAAAAAAUGAAAACGUUUAUUGUAAAAAGUGAUGAACUUCUUUUCAUGAACCUACUCACCUUUAUGCAACUCGUCGGUUUAAAUUUUUGAAUUCAUAACGAGUUCUUAUGUAAAAUAUUUUUGCGCCAAAAAGACAUAAUAGAAAGAAAAACUCUCAUAAAAAUAAAUUGUCUUCUUGAUAUCUUUGUCGGAAGACGGAUAACUGUUCACUAAACACCCUUUUACUUGAAUCUUGCGGAAAUAUGAAGAAAUUUAAAGAAAAUAUCAUAUCAAAUGACACAAAUAACUCACUUGACAAACGUCUGGCGGCGCUGCGUUUGCAAAAAAUCUCUAAAAUGCGACAAAAUAUUUUCUUCUUUAAUUUAUGCUUAUUAGCAGGUCGUCUCCCUUCUUGUAAUAUGUACUUUUGUAUUCCUUAUUAACGAAAAUAGUGUUGUACAAAAGGGUUUUUCUCAAACUUAUCCUAAAUUUUGAGACAGCUCAAAAGAAUAUGAGUCUUCCAGCUCAAAAUUUCAUCCCAAUGUUUUUGUUGUAAUAUCGACAAUUAUUCACUAUUAACUGUAAUCAACUAAAUUAUAAAAAGGAUUUUUUUUGUGAAAAUGACUUAACUUAAGGAAUUAGGCAAUUUUCACAUUAAAAACCUCUCAUUUUCUCUACGUGAAUUUUCGCGGCAUUUCGAAGAAUCCCAACUGGUACAACCAAAUUCACUUCGGCUUUCAUUUUAGCUCAGGCCUGCCCUAGAGGGUAUUUGCUUCAUUCAAAACUGGAGUUUAAAACUUCGAAGGUCGGUUUCGAAAGCUAAAAACUAUACUUUUUUACUUGUCAUUUAAUCGGCAUGAAGAUCAAAGUACUUCGUGUUCGAAUUUCGAAAAUUUCGAAAAUUUCGAAAAUUUUUACGAGUGUCAAAUUGCCUCUGUUUUUGCUUUUGGCGUGGGAAAAAUCAAAGCACAAGGGCUCAUUUAAUUAUAAUUCUACUCGUAAUUAAAGAUUAUAUUCUUUUAACAGCUUCUUUAUGUGAUCUUUAAUAAUUUUUUCAAACAUUGUGCGGAAAUUCAGUUUGGAAAUUCGAAACUGAAUUAGAAUUCUUUGAACACCAAAAGACUUUUUGUGCAAAUACACUUUUAUACUUUUUAUCCAAGAUACUUCUGAAGAAUUAAACUCCAGCUGUGAAUCGGAAGAAUGCGGUAUUCUUAUUUCGAAAGAGAAAUUUCGAAAAAAUAUCCUUGUUUAAGUAGGUCAUUAAAGAUCGGUUUUAGAAGUUGAAGAUAACAUUUGAACUUCUUCUUAUUAAAUCCAAAAUUUCCAGAAGAAAGCCCAUAAUGAUUUCCUGUUUUGUUUAGAAGUGUAAGCUGUGGAGAUUUUCACUUUGUGACGUUUGCAAUGAACGUAAUUUUCUAUGUCCACUCUACUGAUCAUUUUCGAAAGAAAAAUAAUUAUCAAAUUAUUCAAAUUUAUCAUUUCUUUUAUUUCUUCUUGAAAUGUUUACUACUUUUUUAAUAUUUUUUUCUCAUUUGAAGUUUACAUAUAUUUUUUUAGGAUUGUGUUUUCGAAAAGAGGCGUGGCUUAUUUUUAUCAUAUUGAAUGUUUUAGAUAUCGCUUAAAAAUUCAGUAGAACUAUUUGGCAUAACAUAUUACUACGGUUUUUUCCUAAAAAAAAAUUCAAAAUCAAUAAAAAUAUUUAAAAAAAAACCUUUAACCCUUUAAGGACGAGAAAGUCAAAAAUCGGGGGUCAGAAAAAAUCAUUUUUUCUGACUUUUUAGAGCAAAACACAACUUUGGAUGACCGUAGGAAAAAUUUCAUUUUUGGGUCACAGGUGACCCAAUCGUACUUAAAGGUUUAAAUGAUGUACUAAAAAAAAAACUGAAAAAAAAGAAAAAAAGGAAAGAUCGCAUAAAGUAAAAAAUUAUGCUAAGACCCUUAAACCAAUGCCCAGAAUAUCUGAAAGACGACUUUUUUAUAUAAUUUUCUUUCUGAAAUGAAAAUUAAUUGCGGAACAAUAAUUUAAAGAAAAAUAAUAAAAGAUAUUUAGAAAUAAAAAAAAUGCCUGCGAUUUUGGAUGGGGAUAUUUUGUUUUUAUAAAUAUAUUUUACAAUUAGGUCUAGUGCAGUAGGAAUUGUACAUUUUGUAAUUGAUUUUUUAUUGUGAGAAUAAUUGGAAAAACAAAUCAGGGAAGGGAUAUAACAAAAAAUUUAAUAAGGAAGGAAUUAUUCCAAAUUUUGCAUUAUAACAUUAAUCCAAUUUAGUGAGCUCUAUCACUUAAUAACUUCCUUAUGCUGAAUGAUUGCAAUCGUGCAAAAUCUUUUUUUUUUGUUGCUAAUUUUUGUUUUAUUUCUAGAUGAUAAAUAUUAAAAAAAAGAAAGAAAAAAACAUUCAAAGAAAAAAUGACUUCCAAUGUUUCUUUAGACGAGAGAAAGAUGAUUGUGGUGAAAAUGGUAUAAAUAAUGUGAAGUAGAGAAGAUUUAUCAACGAAAGAGCUGAAGGUGUAUUCUUGUAAAAUUUGCAUAUUUAUUUACUGAAAAAAAUACUAUAUAUAUUUGUUAAUUUAUUUUUCCUUUUUUUAUUGCAUUCUCAAUGAAACUGAUACGAAGAAAAGUAAUUAGAAUUUGUGUAUAAAUAAAAUAUAGCAUUACAAUAAAGACGCUUUUAUUUGCAA